AAGCAAUCCAGAGUGCUAGUUAGAGAAAAAGGACCGCCUCUGACCAAGUCAGAGACCAGAACCUUCAUGGGAUACGACGUGGUCUAGGAUAUCGCAGGUGAUUCACGAUUCACGGGAAUUUAAAAACUACCAAUCAAACAAACGCGCGCGCAGAAUGAAACUUGACGAUUAUUCUGCAAAAGAAGGGGAAAAAGAAAAAAGAAAAAGCUGCCUUGCCAAGAGCCUAACCUCGAACAGGCCACCGACCAGCCUCGAACAAGUGGAGGCAAGGCCCACCGGCCUGGAUGCAUGUCAUGACACAUCUUCGGACCAAAGACACGAAGUGACGGGUGUCAAACUAAAAGGUUCUAGUCCGCUGCCAAACGGGAGCGCCUCCAAUUGCGGCCAACUGAUUGGUUUCCGAUUUCACGGGCUGAAGACGAAAUGGAGCCCUGGGUGUGGCUUGGUUCUUGCACCCUUUUUGUUUUGAUCAAUCCUUUGAGCAGAUAGGAUUAGUGGGGUUUGAAAUUGGACGUCGUAUCAAUUGCUUUUAAUUUAAGGCGAUUAUGGGGACGGAACGUUUGCUGUUUUACGCGCAUACGGAGCCUGUCAAAUUCGUUUGCACAAUGAACAGGGCGAGGAGGGAGAAAGAAGAAUUGGGAAAUCAAAUCUUUGGGUUUCCAGGAUUAAUGACUUUCUAAUUGAAAACGCAUUCUACAGAGUAGCAGGAAGGGAAAUACAUCCACGCCGCGUACGGUCCUGCUGGGGAGUUGCUGAUUUACAACCGGGUAAUAAUACCAUGGAACAAAGACCAUCAUAUGAAAACGAAAUGGACGUUGUAAAGCAGCCGAUAAUUUUCAUUGGAUUCUUAUUCAUUUAUUUUUAUUUCUGUUUCCG